CAAAAAAUGGGAUUUCCUCCUAAUCUGGUGGAUGAAGCAGCUGAAAAUAUGAUCAAAUUAUAUAAUCUCUUUCUGAAAUACGAUGCUACCAUGAUAGAAAUAAACCCCAUGGUGGAAGAUGCAUCAGGAGUUGUGAUGUGUAUGGAUGCCAAGAUAAAUUUUGACAGCAAUUCAGCCUAUCGUCAGAAGAAGAUCUUUGAUAUGCAGGACUGGACACAGGAAGAUCAAAGAGACAGGGAUGCUGCAAAAGCAGAUCUCAACUACAUAGGGUUGGAUGGAAACAUAGGCUGUUUAGUCAAUGGUGCUGGUUUAGCUAUGGCCACGAUGGAUAUCAUCAAACUUCAUGGUGGAACCCCAGCAAAUUUCCUUGAUGUUGGUGGUGGUGCUACAGUGCAGCAAGUGACAGAAGCCUUUAAGCUUAUUACCUCUGAUAAAAAGGUACUGGCUAUUUUGGUGAAUAUUUUUGGUGGCAUCAUGAGGUGUGAUGUGAUAGCACAAGGCAUCGUUAUGGCAGUGAAGGAUUUGGAGCUAAAAAUACCUAUUGUGGUACGGUUGCAAGGGACACGAGUUGAUGAUGCCAAAGCUUUAAUAACAGCCAGUGGCCUGAAAAUCCUUGCCUGUGAUGAUUUGGAUGAAGCUGCAAAAAUGGUGGUGAAACUCUCUGAAAUAGUAAGCUUGGCAAAACAGGCUCAGGUGGAUGUUAAAUUCCAGUUGCCAAUUUGAGCUGAGAAACCUCACUCCAGUGUCUACCACGUUCUCUGCAAUACUGUGUCCUGUAUCUGGGAUAUUUCUUCCUUUUUCUGUGUGGAGGUUUUGAUUGUUUGACAGGUGCACACAUGGAGGUCCCUGCUUUUUAAUGUUAACAUUCAGAAUGGCCAGAGUUGUUGUAAAAACCUGUGUUGCUGAUAUUUAGCCCUCCUUAGUUGUUGUUCUCAAGCCUCCAGCUUCUGCUGCUGAACGUCACUUGCCAUAUGCUGCUGCAUUGUCCAAAGCAAAGCUUCUGGUUGGAAAAUGAUUAUUCUGAAUAAAUCCUGAACUUCUUUUACUUGUAAAUUUGUAUUAGCCUUGGUGAGAAGUAAAUAUGACUAGAUGAUCUAGUUGUCCACGUGGAGGAAUGUAUGAAAACGGUGUUUUAUAUUGGAGGCAGUUGUACUUAGGGGUAUAAUGGAUAGGAGCAAACCAAUCAUUAUUUAUGAACAGAUGCAUUUGAAUGUGAUCAGAAACAGUUUUAGAAGUGCUUCACUGAAGUGGCUGGUAAUUCUUUUGGGCAACAUGUUGAAUCACUACAAAAUAUACUGUAGCAUUUAGAUUUUUCAAGAUUUCCAGUCCUUACAGAAAAAAAAAAAAAGCAUUGUUUAGUUUUAUAUCUUGAGCAAGCAUUGACUUCAAGGAGACAAAACACAGAGAAUUAAAAUGUCUUAUUGUACAUGGCUAAUAAUGUUGUACAUUAAUAAACUAUCUCCCAAAAAUUCUACUAUUUUUUUGUUUGUUU